GCAAAGUCUCCAAAGGAUUGGCACUCUCCGUGUUUUUCAUAUAUGUGGCGACUGUUUUUCUUUGUGAAUUUUAUCUUAGGACUCGUUAAGAACCUCGAGACGAAAUUCGUCGCCGGCCGUUUGUUAAGUUUUGCGCUCGGUGUUUAAUUAGUAUUGGAUUUUAAAGGAGGAAACACGACGCUGUGAUAUAAGUUUUAUUUCUUGCUUUCGCACCCAAAUCGAUAAUCAUGCCAAGAGGAAAAUAUGUCAAUCACAAAGGACGGUCACGGAACUUUACUAGCCCCGAAGAACUGGAAGAGGAGAUGAAAAAAGAUAAGGAGAAAACAUCUCGGCAACAGGAAGAAUCUGAAGGUGAAGACGAAGAGGCAUCCGGUGGUUCAAGAUCGGGUAGUGAUUCAGAAGAGAGUGAUGACGACAACCACAAGGCGAAGGGAGUUUCCAAUCUAAUAGAAAUUGAAAAUCCAAAUCGUGUUGCAAAAAAAUCGGCAGUAAAAGUGUCAAAAGUGGGAUCUGGCGAUAAAGCCGCGAAACCAGAACUUUCGAGACGCGAACGUGAGGAACUAGAGAAACAGAAGGCGCAACUCCUUUAUCAAAAGUUACAUGCCGAAGGCAAAACUGAGCAGGCACGUGCUGACUUGGCUCGAUUAGCUAUAAUUAAACAACAUCGGGCUGAGGCAGCGGCGCGGCGUGAGGCCGAGAAGAAGGAAAAGGAAGAACGGAAAAAAGGUGGGACCAGCAAUCGAUAGUUCGUAGUCGCAUUCAGAUUAUUCUAUACAAAUAUUUGAAACGGUUUUUAGUCGUGAUAAAGACUACUCACACACACAAACAGGAAAAUAUCGUUGAGACAGUAAAUAGCAAAAACAUUGAAGACGUCUAAUGCAAACUAUAAAUACUAAUUAUAAACUAUUCAUGUGUAUUGUAUACUAUACGAAAUGUGGAUACCUUCCCAGAAAACAGAAAAUUUGGGGCGAUAUUUGCAUGACAAGCUUUUGAGAUGAAAACGGCAAUCAGAUUGUUGCUAUCUACUCUAUGUUCUCGUUUUCCAAAUCUAAUUUUCAAACACUCAGCCCUGAUAAAAGUAAGUUUUUCGAAAAAGAUAUUUUUCGGAACGGAGCCAUUUCUAAUCCAAAAAAAACUAUUCGAUCGUUAUCGUCUACAUUCUGUUUGUCCCACAUUUAAAUUGUUUAGUUAAAUGAAAUAAAAUAACAAUAAAAUAUCAUUUGUACAAGAGAAGAAUAUAGACCGGCAUGUAACUGUUAAAUAGGUUUAUGCGCAACAAAGAUUUAAGUAAUCAAUUGAUAAUUUAAAAAGUAUAUAGAGUUAUAUUGUAAGUUUUUAAAUGAAAAAAAAAUAUUGUGAGAAAUAAAAAUUGGCAGAAAGUAACGAA